CAGAAUUACUCGAAAUACACUAUAAACGCUUAAAAUAUAGGAAGAUUGGUGGUAUUGCCUUAAUUAAGAAAUCUGAAAUCUGCCCAAACAACGUACCCAUUCUGUCAUUUUCUGUCAAACUCGUUUUGUAACAAAAAUUCUUUCAAAGUUAGCCGAAAUUCGGCUAAAACGGUCACCCUGAUUAAAAUCCUAGUGUGGUGCCGUAAUGCGGAGAUUGAGAGUGUGCUUUCUCUGUAUACGCAAACGGAAUAACGACGUGCCGUUUUGUAUGGGCGGCCAAAAAAAUUACAUAAAUUUUAACCACGAUUUGCAACAAGAUUGAUAAUUAAAAGACACAUUUAUUGUUAUGUCUUGGGAUUGCACAAUGUAAUUUUAAUUUGUAUGCCCUAAGUGAUUAUAGUGUUUGUAAUAUUCCAUGACGCUUUACUGGACCUUGAGAUUAUUUUUGGGGAUAGAGGAACAAUUGGCCGGCCGUAGUUUGUCAUGAUAACAAAACAUAAACAUUCUCCAUGAUUAUGGACAAAAAAUAAUCAAGUGAUUUCUGAGGUGUUUUGCAUUGGCAUUUUGGGCCUAUUAAGUACUUAUAGUCCACAGUUACUGAGCGAUCUAUGAAUAGGGAGACCAUUGAUAAGUCUUAUUCAUUGUAGUCGGCACUCGGCAGGAUGUUUCCAAACAUCGUGGUGUCACAGUCAGUAUCCAACCAACAUGACCAAGAGCAUGAAGAGUGCCGCAUUUCAAUAUGUGCCGCACUGACCGCAUUCAUGAACGUGAUGAAGAAAGAAACACAGCUUUGUUCCAGUUGUUGUACCACCAUGGAUGCCCAGUUGGUAGCAAGACGCACUCCGUCCUCGGCGGUCUACUUUGAUCAUCGAUGGCAUUAUUGGUAUUGGGUGUUUGGUGCAACUGCGUGGAUAAUUAUGCGCAGUCAUUGUUCACAGUUCUACUCUCCACUUCAUUCUGUUCGGCAGUUCUGCUCGAGACAAGACUUCUUCACUUCCAUGACUAUUCUGUUUGAUGCAUACUAGCAUAGCAUAUCAAAGUUAAUUGUACAUUGACUAGCAAUAUGGCUUCUGUUCUUGUGACUUGGCUUGAACCCGAAGAGAAAGCUGGUACAUCCGAGAGAGUUGCAAGAAACCGCGUCAAGUCAACGGAUGAACUGCGUGUAAACAUGACGGCUGAUGUUGAUGUUGCAGGAAAGCGGUUUAAAGCCAUCAUUGUUCACAUUCACACCCGCCGUUCUCAUCUUCAGCAAGUUCAGCUACCAGACAGUGGGUCAGAUUCUGAUUCUGAUGAUGUGCCUCUGCAACAACUAGUGACAAGACGAGCCGUUGGCCAAGCUGACACUGAUGUCCAUAUGGAAGAUGUUUCUGCUACACCAGAUGAUAGUCUGCCAUCAUCUUCAGCAUGUCGGCCUCUGCACUUCAGCACCCCAUCGCCAGCAGUGAAUCAGUCCGCUUCUGUUGACGAUGAAUCAUUCAUGUCUCAUGGUGAUCUCGUUCGCCUUCUUCAUGCAGUCAAGAAGGAACUGGUAGAGACAAAACAAGAAGUAGUCCAGACCAAACAAGAGGUGGCCGAGUCAAGACGGGAGAUGAAGAUAUUGCUGACCUCUGUCACCACCAUGUUCACUAUGGUGCGUGGCAUGUCAGCAAUACUUGGAACUGUCAGCACAGGGCCACCUGCAUUCUCUCUGCCAACUGAAAACGAUGAGCCACAGCCUGCCAGAUAUCACGAGCAUCAAGAGCAGCAGGUGAGAGAGAGGCCCCAACAGCAGCCAGAUGAGUUGCCCCAACAGCAGCAGGAAGAACGGCCUAACCAGCAGCCAGAAGAACAAAGACCUCAGCAGCAGCCUGCAGAGAGGCCCAACCAGCAGCCAGAGGAGAGACCUCAGCAGCCGAGACAAGGACCACAGCGCCAACCUCUGCAACUACGGCAACCACUUCAGCCACGUCAACCACCACAGCCAACUGUUCCACAAGGGGGACAUGGACCACAUUAUGUCCACAAUGAUGACCACACGGACAAUGUCGUCAUUGGCUCCACAGACGGUGGCUCAACUCUGACUCUUCCUAGGAAAGACUAUGAGUCUGUGUACGACAAGGCAACAUGUGGAAAAGAAAUUGUAGUGGGGCUUCUGCCAAAGGCAUUUACUCUGGAAGAACUGUCAAACUUCAACUACUUUGGGGGGUCAGUGCUAUCAGGGGGUGUUUCUGUUGAAAAACAGUCUCUGCGCAGUAACCACAAGUUUAAGGCAAUAGUGAUGCAGGCCGAGAGAGAAUUUCCAGGAUGCACAGUAGGUACGAUGACAAAGGAUAUCAGGUAUGCAGUCAAUGCGAAAUGUAGGAAAGCCAGCCAGAAGCUACGUUUGACUUAAAUUAAAUAGAUAAAACAGUUAACUUCAGAAAUAAUGCAAAGAAUAUGUAAUGCCCGCAGUAUCUGAAAAUAAUAGCCAGUGGAAGUCAUUCCAGUUUACCAUUCACAUUCCAGCUUUAACUUUGUGUAAAUUUUAUUGACCUCUCGCCCAGUGUACAUUGUAUUUCUAUUCUAGUGAUUCACUUUCGUCAAGAUAAAAAGAAAACUUUCUCUUUGAAAAUAUGUGUUUGUCAACAACUGUUUUCGUAUGCAGCCUUGAUUUAUGUACAUUGUAUUUUUCACUCUGGCAUUGCUGAUAAUAAUAAUAAAUUGUUAUAAUAAUACAUAGUCUGAACCCUUACAGUUGCCUAUCAAAUAUUGUUGUUUGGGGAGAUUUUUUUUUAAUACAUUUUUUAAUGAGGGGAAUGUUUCACUGCAAGACUCAUGAUAGUGAUGAGGAAGUUGUUUUUUUUCCACUAGCUCAUACGUUUAAAAUAUCACUGUUCACAUAAUCUUUUGUUUUUAGGUGACAAGUAUUUAUUUAUUAUACAUGUGUAUUUAUGUUUAUAAUCUUCCUAUGGGCUUGUGAAGAAAUAUUUGUUCUUUUCAUUGAUCGUACAUGUGCAUGAUACCUUUUUAAUAAAGUCAUUGAUAUGUGAAUUUCAAA